AUGGGCUUACGGAGAACCCUCAAAUCAUAUGGGCAGUCAGACCUGGCGACCUUCAUGUUAUGGGCGAUUAUCUCCUCCAUGUUGACCUUGUUUGUCAUCAUAGCUAAUUGUUUGGAUACUUGUUCAAUCCCUAGCCUACGCACAGACAGAGAGAAUGUUUGGGUAGUUGUUGAAAGCCUAGGCACUGACAGGGCAGAGAGAGAGAAUGUUACCCUUGGCACAGACACGGCGAGAGAGAAUGAGUUUCUGUCAAUGCCGUGA